UCCUCUUCCUCCUCCUCCUCCUCCUCCCUUCCGCCGGCAGCCCCCCUCGGCGCCAGGUCAAUGAGCUGCAGCCGCCGGCCCGCGGUGCGACCCGGGCCAUGGACACCAGCGACCUGUUCAUCAGCUGCAAGAAAGGAGACGUCUGUCGAGUGCGGUACCUUCUGGAGCAGAGGGACGUGGAAAUAAAUGUCCGGGACAAAUGGGACAGUACACCUCUAUACUAUGCCUGUCUGUGUGGGCAUGAGGAGCUUGUGCGCUACCUUUUGGCCAACGGUGCAAAAUGUGAGGUCAACACCUUCGAUGGGGAGCGCUGCCUGUACGGAGCACUGAGCGAUGCCAUCCGACGUGAGCUGAAAGAGUACAAGCAGAUCACUGCCAAGUCCAUGAAGCGGGAUUACUAUGACGACUUCUUGCGGCGGCUCCUGGAGCAGGGUUACCAGAGUGACAUCGUCUUCAUCGUGCAUGGGAAACCCUUCUGGGCCCACCGCUGUGUCCUCAGUGCCCGCAGCCCCUACUUCGCCGAGAUGUUCGAGACCAAGUGGAAGGGAAAGAGUAUGAUAGCCCUCAAGCACCCACUGAUCAACCCUGCAGCCUUUGGCUCCCUCCUGCAGUACCUGUACACAGGUCGCCUUGACAUUGAUGUGGACUACGUGAAUGACUGUAAAAGGCUGGCAAAGCAGUGCCAACUGCAACAGCUCAUUGAAGACCUGGAGAUCAAAUGCAAGAAAGUGUAUGAGUUUGUGGCCUCCAAACCGGGGACCUGUGUGAAGGUGCUGACCAUUGAACCCCUCGCCAACUGCCAGCUCCAAGAGGACCUGGCUCUACUGGCUGACUGCGCGCUGCCCCCUGAACUUCGGGUGGGCUUUGGUGAGCUGCCCUUCGAUAGUACUGACAACUUCAGCAGCUGUCCUGAUGUCUGCUUCCGGGUGGCCAACUACAACUUCUUGUGUCAUAAGGCCUUCUUCUGUGGCCGCAGUGACUAUUUCAAGGCCCUGCUGGAGGAUCACUUCUGUGAGAGUGAGGAGCUGCAGGCCCAGCCCGAAAUCCCUGUGGUGACACUGCACAACAUCUCCGAGGACAUCUUCAUCCGCGUGCUCUACUACAUCUACAGUGACGAUACCGAGCUGUCCCCGGAGAACGCCUAUGAGGUGCUGGGAGUGGCCGACAUGUACUUGCUGCCUGGCUUGAAGCGCUUGUGUGGGCGGAGCCUGGCCCAGGUCCUGGAUGAGGACAACGUGGUGAACAUCUGGAAGGUGGCAAAACUCUUCCAGCUGACCCGGCUGGAAGACCAGUGCACUGAAUACAUGGCCAAGAUCAUUGAGAAGCUGGUGGAGCAGGCCGAGUUUGCGGAGGCUGUGAAGGAGGAAGCAGAGGCAGUGGCCGAGCGGCAGGAGACGGACUCCAUCCCCCUGGUGGAUGACAUUCGCUUCCAUAUCACCAGCAAUGUCCAGACCUACAGUGCCAUCGAGGAGGCCAACCAGAAGCUGGAGGCCUUGGAAGGUCUGCUGGCUAACAUCGGGCUCGAGUGCUGAGGACCCCAGGCACUUCCUGCUCCCUCGCUUAGGGCCCGGCAUAUCCCUUGGUCGACAGUGGACCAAUACCGACAACCCCAGGCCCAGGUCUCUCCCUGGACUCUAGCUUCUGCUUCCACUCCCCUCUUUCUGGCCGGGGUGGACUACAGAGAGGAAGGCGUCUGGGCCGUCAGAGGGAGAAUUUCCCCAACCUCACUGCACCUUCUCUUCCGCACCCCGCACCCCCACCCCAGAAUGAUUUUGGAAUGCCUCCAGUGCGUUUUGAGGGGGUGGGGAACACUUGGGUUGCUGCAUCCUUAUGGGAAGCUCAAACUCUGGCUAAAAAUACAGGCAUUGAAAUGGAUAGCUUGUUUUACUGGACAGGAAUGGGAGAAGGGUGGGGUGUGGAGGUGUGUUCUCCCACCUCUCCCCCUCAAGUCAGGCUGAGACAGCGAGGAGGGGUUCAAACAUUUUGGGGCCCUGGCCUUGCUGCCUCUCUGUACCCCCUUCCGCCCCGGGGAGGGGUCAAGUGUGGGCAUGUUUUCCACCUCCAAGGCCAGGAUUGUCACUGCUAGCUCACCUCCCUCCUAGCGGCCUCUGCUCCUUGGGCUCCGCACAGAGGGGAUCUCG